AACAAAGAGCACACACUCGUCAUUACGACCUCUCUAGCGUCGACCCCUCCAGCGUCGACCUCUCUAGCGUCGACCCCUCCAGCGUCGACCUCCCUAGCGUCGACCCCUCCAGCGUCGACCCCCCUCCAGCGUCGACCCCCUCCAGCGUCGACCUCUCCAGCGUCGACCUCCUCCAGCGUCGACCUCCUCCAGCGUCGACCCUCUCCAGCGUCGACCCCUCCAGCGUCGACCCCCUCCAGCGUCGACCCCCUCCAGCGUCGACCUCUCCAGCGUCGACCUCUCCAGCGUCGACCCCCUCCAGCGUCGACCUCCUCCAGCGUCGACCCCCUCCAGCGUCGACCUCCUCCAGCGUCGACCUCCUCCAGCGUCGACCCCUCCAGCGUCGACCUCCUCCAGCGUCGACCUCUCCAGCGUCGACCCCUCCAGCGUCGACCUCCUCCAGCUUCGACCUCCUCCAGCGUCGACCCCUCUAG